AUGGCGGAGAGUUCGGUCAAAAAGGGUAAUACGAACACUGAGCAGCAACUGGGUGAAGAUGUUGCUGUUGGGAUUGAGGAUAUUAGUACGAUCCCCAAGGGCACAAUUGACCCCGUAUAUGAGGCUAAAGCGAGAGUUUUGAAUAGAGCGAUUCAGGAUAUUGGUAUGGGAUGGUACCAAUGGCAGCUCUUCUUCGUUGUGGGUUUCGGCUGGGCGUCCGACAAUCUUUGGCCGAUCGUCACGUCGCUCAUAUUUACAUCUAUCACUAAUGAAUUCCAUCCGUCGCGCCCCCCGCUAUUAAGUCUUGCCCAGAACAUCGGUCUACUCUUCGGGGCAGUAUUCUGGGGCUUCGGCUGCGAUAUCUUUGGCCGAAGAUGGGCUUUUAAUUUGACUCUUGGUAUAACGGCUGUAUGGGGCAUGAUAGCUGCUUCUGCGCCUAAUUUCGCAGCUAUUGGGGUCUUCGCCGCAUUUUGGUCAUUUGGCGUUGGUGGCAACCUACCGGUCGACUCCGCAAUCUUCCUUGAGUUCCUCCCCGGAUCUCAUCAAUACUUACUUACUAUUCUCUCUAUCGACUGGGCUCUUGCCCAAGUUGUAGCUAACUUGGUUGCGUGGCCACUACUGGGGAACUUCACCUGCCAGCAGACGGAUUCGAACUGCACCAGGGCCAAGAAUAUGGGCUGGCGCUAUUUCAUGAUCACGAUGGGUGGGCUGACGCUUAUCAUGUUUAUUCUUCGUUUCUUCUGCUUCACCAUCUAUGAGUCUCCCAAGUAUCUCAUGGGGAAGGGGUUGGAUGAGGAAGCAGUGCGCAUAGUUCAUGAAGUGGCACGGCGGAAUAAGAAGUCCUCGUCGUUGACUGUCGAAGAUUUGAAAGCAUGCGAACCAGACGGAUACGAAAACAGGACAACUGCGAAUGACGCCGUAAAGCGUAAGUUGGAAAGCAUUGAUCUUACUCAUAUCCGAUCUCUAUUUGCUACAGGGAAGCUGGCAUAUAGCACAGGGGCGCUAAUGGUGAUAUGGGCUUUUAUUGGUCUCGGAUACCCAUUAUAUAAUGCUUUUCUCCCAUACAUUCAGAGUACUCGUGGUGUAGAUUUCGGCGACGGGUCAACUUACAUCACAUACCGCAACUCACUCAUCAUCGCCGUGCUCGGUGUGCCUGGUGCUCUUGCUGGUGGCGUUCUUGUCGAACUACCGCAUUUCGGACGAAAAGGCGCUUUAAGUUUAAGCACAAUCUUAACAGGUGUCUUCCUCUAUUGCUCGACUACUGCGACCAACUCAUCAAGUCUACUGGGGUGGAAUUGCGCCUACAACUUCACCAGCAAUAUUAUGUAUGCCGUCUUAUAUGCUUUCACACCCGAGCUAUUUCCGACAAAGGACCGAGGCACCGGCAAUGCACUCACAGCGACCUCGAACCGUAUCUUCGGCAUUAUGGCGCCUAUUAUUGCCAUGUUUGCCAAUCUAGAGACAUCGGCCCCAGUUUACACGAGUGGCGCAUUGUUUGUUGCGGCUGGACUCCUCGUGGGGACAUUACCAUUCGAAUCUAGGGGAAAAGCUAGUUUAUAA